GUCUCCGUCACCGCCCCUCCCGCUCCCCCCGCCCCCGACUUGACGCGGCCUUCUCCCGGGCCCGGAGGGAGGAGCCCCGUGCCGCCCCCGCUCCUCCCGUCUCGCCGAGCCCCUCCACUGGGCUAUUUCUACUCCCACCCCAGAGUCCCCCCUGGCUCCCGUCGAUCUCCGAUGUCUCUCCACCAGUCCCCUCCUCCCUCGUCGUCCCGAGCGCCCCUCUCUUCUUAGGACCUCCCCGAGUCGUCCGGUUUCCCUUCUGUCAUCCCCGAACUUCACCCGCGCGCUCCUCCUCCUUCACCUCCUCCUCCUCACGCGUCUCACGACCCCAGCGAGUGCUCAUGUCUGCCCGCGUGGGCGCUCCUAUGCAUCUCCAUUUAGUUCGCCUGUCUCCGCGAGUCUCCCUGUACACUCAAGUCCCCCCGGUCUGUCCCCCGUCUCCGUGAGUCUCCCCGCCUGUCUCCACGAGACCCCCGUCUAUCCGGCGGCCCCCCUAUUUGUCUCGCCGAUUGCUCGGCCCGCUGUGUGGGCCCCCGUGGCCCUCCCUGGAUCCCCCCUGCCGCCUCCCUGACUUACCUUGCCUGCCGAGAGAGAGGGAGGAGAGAGAGGGGCCCUUCGUGGAGUUGUAGGAAACGAAUUGUUUCAGAAGAGGCUCUCGGCACGUGGAGCAAAAUCAUCAAGGCAUCGUGGGGAACAACAAAACACGCAGUUGGCCCCUUGUUCGCCGUGCGGUGGAGGACCCAGGCUCACGAUUGAGGCUCCCGUUUGCGAAUCGAGGCAGCAGCUGCUGGUUCCACCGGAGUCACCUGCGCCACGUGACGCCGCCGCGGCGCUCGCCCCCAUGGGAUAAACCGGCACGUGCCGGGGUCUGGACCCAGGGUCUGCUGCUGCUGUUGACGGCUUCCCCCGUGAGAUUGGCUGAGUGAUCUCAAGAGCAGCAAGGAGAAGACGGCCAAGAUGGACGAGCAACGGGCGCUCCACUCCAUCAUGAAGGACCUGGUGGCCCUCAAGAUGUCCCAGCGGCAGAGGGCCCCAGGGGUCGACCCCGGUCGGCAUAAGGGCCCCGCAGCACCCUCGACUGACGUUCGGGUCAAGUUCGAGUACCGGGGAGAGAAACGGAUCAUCCAGUUCCCACGGCCUGUCAAACUCGAGGCCAUCCGGCUGAAGGCACAGGCCGGCUUCGGGCAGAUGAUGGAGCUGCACUACACCAAUAACGAGCUGCUGAUCCCGCUGAUCUCGCAAGACGACCUGGACAAGGCCGUGGGGCUGCUGGACUGGAGCACUCACAUGAAGAGCCUCCGCAUCCUCCUGGUGGCCGUGGACUGCGACACCCGCGACGACUCGGGGCUGGGGAAGCCGGCGAUGGCCGUCAGCGGGAGGAUGAAGCCGUCCCACUCGCUGGGAGACAUCGCGCGCUGCGGACCCCACGCACCGCGCAGCCGCCACCUGUCUGUCGGCUCGCCGUCAGGAGAGCGCAGCGCGUCCCCUCCGCCCGGACACGUCCCCGCCGGACAGCAGCAGGUGGCGCGCCAGGGCUCCUACACCAGCAUCAACAGCGAGGGCGAGUUCAUCCCCGAAGCGCUGGAUCCCUGCAUGCUGGACCCCCUGAGCAGUGCGGACAACUCAAUUGGCGGGAGCUGCCAGUCUCUGGACAGCUGCUUGAGUGACAGCUACCAUCCAGGCCGUAUGUCCAGGGCUCAGAGCUUCCCAGACAACCAUCACGAGUACUCGGAGUACGAGACGAGGCUGAUGGAACGCGCUGGCAAGGGCGGCACCUAUCCCCGGCGCCUCCAGGGCUUCUUCCAGCAGCAUGACAACAGCGAUGGUCGACGAACCUUCCCGCGGGUGCGGCGCCCCUUCCCCCUGGCGUUCGGGCUGGGCCAGGGCAACUGCGGCGGCGGCGGCGGCGGCAGCAGCAGCAGCAGCAGCAGCAGCCUGUUCCCCGGGAACGGAGACGGCGGCGCCGUGCCGCGGCCUCGCCGGCCCAGCGACAUGGAGGGCCUGGCUCCCUCCGCCAACGACGUGAACCACUCCAGCCGAUCCCCGCGGGCGCCCACGAACUGGCGGCUGGGGAAGCUGCUGGGCCAGGGCGCGUUUGGCCGCGUGUUCCUGUGCUACGACGCCGACACGGGCCGCGAGCUCGCCGUCAAGCAGGUGCAGUUCGACCCCGACAGCCUGGAGACGAGCAAGGAGGUGAAGGCACUCGAGUGUGAGAUCCAGCUGCUGAAGAAUCUGCACCAUGAGCGCAUCGUGCAGUACUUCGGCUGCCUGCAGGACGCCGUGGAGCGCACCCUCUCCAUCUUCAUGGAGUUCAUGCCUGGGGGCUCCGUCAAGGACCAGCUGAAGGCCUACGGGGCGCUGACGGAGAACCUGACGCGGCGGUACGCGCGCCAGAUCCUGGAGGGCGUGCACUACCUGCACUCCAACAUGAUCGUGCACCGUGACAUCAAGGGAGCCAACAUUCUGCGCGACUCUGCGGGCAACGUGAAGCUGGGAGACUUUGGCGCCAGCAAGCGCCUGCAGACGAUCUGCCUGACGGGCACCGGCAUGAAGACGGUGAGCGGCACGCCCUACUGGAUGAGCCCCGAGGUGAUCAGCGGCGAGGGCUACGGCCGCAAGGCCGACAUCUGGAGCGUCGGCUGCACCGUGGUGGAGAUGCUGACGGAGCGGCCGCCCUGGGCCGAGUACGAGGCCAUGGCAGCCAUCUUCAAGAUCGCCACCCAGCCCACCAACCCCCAGCUCCCCUCCAGCCUGUCGGAGCACGGCCGCGACUUCCUGCGACGCGUCUUUGUGGCGGCACACCAGCGCCCCUCUGGCGAGGGGCUCCUGCGCCACCCUUUCGUCUGCUGGCACUGACGGCCCUGGCGGCUCCCGCGGGCUUCCCUGCGGGGCCUCCGCCGUAGCCCCCAACGAGGCGACGGGCCCCCCCCUCCCCGCCCCCUCAAACCCACCGGGGGUUUCGCCCCCCACGGUCCUGAAACUCCGAAAGCCCCCUCCCCCCCCCCCCACCCAUCCCGCCUCCGCCCCGCCCUGUUCCACGCUUGCCGUGCGAGCCGCCGGUUGAUGCCUCGGCGGUGGCGCGGUUGGGCCCAGCGGCGCCUGGCGGGGGCGGCGCUCGCCGUGCCACUGGCUGUACCGUUCGUCGCAAGCCGCAGGCUGGGGGUUGCGUCUGCGCUGGAGGGGGGGAGCGUUGGGCUCUUUGUUGAGGAGGUCCCCCCCCCCCCCCCCCGUUCUCUCGCGUGUUCUGCAACCGCCUGAGUCGUCUCCCGUUCGUCGGCAUCUUUGGGGUGGUGUGGGACUGUCGUCUCCAACCUCGAGCCAGGCACGUAGGCUGAGGUGGCCCCGCCGGUUGGUGCUUGGACGUGACCUGGCUGCCUCCGGGCAGCCUGGGUUAAGGUUGGGCCUCUCGGUUGCGGUGCGUGGCGUUGAGUUGUCUUCGCCGUGAUCGUGGCUGUGGAUCACUCGGGGGGGCGCGCUGCUUCCGAUCGUCGAAGUGAUGCUGACGAUUGGAGAGACACUCCGCGAGAGUGAUCGUGGAGGCGGCGGCUGCGGUGGUGGUGAUUGCGACGAAGAUGGCGACGGCAGUGAAGAUGAGGUGGGCGGCGAUGGUGACGACGGAGCGGGUGAAGGAGAUCACGGCGACGGGUGGAAGCGGAGAUGACUCCGGUGAUGGGACGCGCGUUGAGAAGAUGUAAAUUAUCACCGUGACCGGGACGCCGACGGCUCGUGAGAGUCACCGCGGCGAUGACGGCUACGACAAGGGGUGAUGAGGAUGAACCGUGGGGCUCCACGGGCGCCGUCUUCGAGACGUUGAUGACGAGAGGAGAGACUCGACGAGGGGCCAGGAGAACGCUGGAUUCACGAUUCUUCACGCCAAUUAUUUAAAUCCCUCACUUAGUGCCAUCUUAGAUUUGUAUCGACGUGUAAUCAAAGAUUUCUUAUAUAAAGAGUGUAUUCUUUAUUUUUUAUAAAUAAUUGAGGAGCUGCCUUAACUUCCGAGAUAUUUGUAUAGCCUUUACUAACGUGCACAUAUCUUUGUUUCCAUGUAAAUACGACACAAGUAUUUAUCGUUUAUAUAAAUCAAAAUGACAAGGGGGCCAAGAGUGGUGAUCUGCGGUGGCGAGCCGGAGUGACGAAGCGGGGAGGGGAACCGCCCUUCUUUUACCCGACCUCUCGCACUCCCUCCCACUUCACCCGAUUUGACCUUCCACCCCCCACUCCCCCUCCUCCCCUCCCUGGCUGGUUCCAUGUGACCACUAGCGGCACUGGCAGCGAUUGGGGUUACCCGGGGUGUGGCCAGGUGGCCUGGCGAACGCGUGCUCGGAGGAAUCCGUGCGCAUACAGGCCCAGGGCCCGUCUUGUCUGGGAGGUUCGGAGCCAGCGAUGGACAUUGCACAUUCCUCUUGUGGGGCCAAAGUCCUUUACACAGGACGACCACUUUUGACUUCUCGCCCGCAUGGCGCGCCUAUGACCAAAUAAUCAGCAACGUGCCCGGAUGUCCGAAGCUGAGCAGGGUUGAAGCCCGCGUUGCGCUUGCGCGGGCAACGAUCGUGCGCACCGAGGGCUUGUUCUGUGCACGUGUGGAGCUGCUGUGUGCUCCGUUGUGGGCGGCAGGGGAUGGUGCAGCAAGUUCCAUUCUCUGUGCUGUACUUCUAUGCCUCCCAACGUCCUUUCCUUAUUACCGCCUUGACCAGCAGGCAUCGGCCAGAAUGGUGACGUAUGGGCAAAGAACCCUCCCCACCCCUCACGAUUGACACGAGGGCUGUGCGCUUGUGAGAUGCAAGUGGUGGCGGUCUUCACAGGGUGGUGCUGUAUUACGGUUAUGAGAGUUUGGCGAUAACGAGAUGCCCGCUGGUAAAGGCGCAGUGUGCCAUCGUGUGGUGUGUGGCGGGAGGGGUGGCAUCGUGCCACCCAAGGCAUCAAUCACCUUGCAAGGGCCUCUCCAAGACCUCGAGUGUAAAAGCCUAGAGGUGUUAUUUUUGGCUGGCUUGGUACCAGGCUGGUCUCUGUUCGAUCCAGGGGUUGCCGUGAUACUACGAUGGAUCGUACGAUAUAAAGAUCCACGAUAAUCAUGUCGACCAUUUAAGCUAAAUAUCGUAUCGCAAUUAUCAUUUUCCGUAGAAUUUUUCUGAAAUUUUGAAUUUCCUUCUUAAAAAAAAAAGCAUUUCUGGAAAAACAAUAAUGAAAAUGUAUAGGAAUAAUCAAAGUUCGAAAGGUAAUAUCUGUAAACCGUUACAUUCGUGCAUUUUAAACGUUUUCCGUGUGAAAUAAUGGCAUGGUGGUUAUGCGAUGUCAUCGUUUUCUGGCGGCACGUCCUGCGAUCGUUACAUUACGACGAGCACGAGACUUCUGGCAGGCUCGUGUUGCGCACACUGCGGCUGUGAGCAACAUUUCUCAGCGAUCUUCAUUCAGUACUCUGCAAGUACAGCGCAAAGCACGGAGGCGAUCCAAAUGUAAAACACAACUGCACGGCUGAGGGAUACGCACGGCAAAUGGUAAACGUCACUUCGUGAAAUCUAACGUAUCGUCAAAAAAUGAUAGCGCGGCAACCCUGUAGCCUUAUCCCAAACUUACGCACGAGGCCCCUUGCCUCCCGGCAGCGAUCGCCGAGGUUUUUGACCGCGCACCAUUGCGGGAGCACGGUUCGAAAUGUUGGACGGACAGCGUCGACCGGCUGGGAUGCGUUUAACCCGAGUGAGUGAAGCACUGCCAGGAGAAACCAAUCGCACGGCCGUGAUGAAUUAACUUUGCACUUUUCACGAAAAGAGAGUUACCGACAUAAAGGUAAACCAAAUUUCUUUCUCUCUUUUUAUUUUUAUCGGAGCGUUUAUUUUUGUACAGAGAGACGCAAACAACGGAAGCGGCGGUGGAACUACUCGUUGGAUGAGUGACAUUGGUGGGGGGGGGGGGGGGUUUGUGUUGGGGGAGGCGUCAUUCUUUCUGUUACACCCAGACCUUGUGAGCGACCUUCCACAGUGGGCUUUAGUCGCCUUAACCGCACGCGUGACCAGUGCGAUCUGUGAAGCGAUGGCUCGGUCACGCUGCUGAGAAAAAAUAAUUGGGAUCGGGCCAAACCGGGUCCCCAGGGCCUCGAGGGCUGAUGGGUGGAGGAGGCUGAGACUUAACGACGCAGCCAGGGAUCGGGUAGCGUCCCAGUGUACAUCCACCGAGGAGAUGGAGCAGUGAAAUCGGCUCCUCGUGCGCAGCUGCCGAGUGUCUUGUUACCGCGCAGCGGCGCGAGAGAUGGCCGGCCACUUGGGGCGAGGCCUUCAAUCAGCAAUAGAUUGACCAUGGCUGAUGAUGAUGAUGAUGAUUACUCGCUCCUGGUAAUAGAUUUUGCCCCCCCCCCCCCCCCCCCCCCGUCUAUUAUCGGCUUUAGCCUGGCACUCCAUAGGUCAGAUGCUUGAUUUGCUCAUGACGGCGAUUGUACAUUUGUGAGUGUCCAGCACGGAACUUAAAGUAACGUAAGUUGUUUUGGCUAACGCUGCCCAUGAGUAAAGCCAGUCGAUUUAUGAGCCGCAGUUUUUACGGAACCGAAUUUUUAAAUUUUUGCAUUUCUGAUUGCCUCGUUUUGUAGGCGUCCACGCGACUGUGUGCCAAAUUUCACCUUUCUGGGCCCUGUUGAAACGCCUUUAGGACUUACACCGGUCACGACUAUCGGUGUGUGUAUGCUGAUAUCUCAAGCUCCUGUACAGGAGUGGGGCAACGGGCCUUUGAUAUUCAAAAGAGGCAGCUGUGGAUGGAGCGGAAAGUGUGUGUGUGUUUUUUUUAAUACACUAUGUAGCAAUUGCUAAAGGGUUUAUGGGAGAAACCCCGACUCCAAUCCAGGAGAGGUAGAACGAGAUUGAGGAAGAAAGGAAAUCGGUCAUCGAUGUUGGUAACGUUUUGUUAGCCUCGACUAUAAUAACAGGGAGAGGGAGUGGGAGAAGGUGUUUGAUACUGGGAGGGCAGCAGUGGAGGAGAAGCCAGUGGUUCUUAACCUUUACCGCAGUCUUGCACCCCUUGGGUUCUCAGUCGCGACAACAUUUUAUGUUACUGAACACAGUUUUGAUGAAACCAAGUAUGUUGCACUUGCAUGCCCGUGCUUCAUUUGUGUUUUCGAUUAUUUACCUUCUAAAAAAAAAUGGCGAUGACAUGUCUCGCACCCCCCAGAAAGGGCAUCUGGCGUCCAACCAGGUGGUGCGUGCACCCCAGGUUAAGAACCACUGCUCUGAGCGGAAUGCGCCCAGGCGAUUCCCACGCAAAAAGCCUUGCCGUUUGGGAGUGGAAUGGGCGCAGGGAGAGGACGGUGGGCUGAGAGAGGGGAGGCGAGAAGGUCGGGUAACUUCAAGUCCCACAGUGUCAUGGCGAAUUUUAGUCUGAUUGAGACAGCAGAUUAACACCCCCCCCCCCCUCCCAUACAUAUGAUUCCCACAAAUGAUGUUGAGCGGGAGCCAAAGAUAAUCCUUGAAUGCAGGCCGCAUUUUGCUCAAUUAGUUAAGCUACGUAGGAAAAAAAAACAGCUCUGAGUAAUACAAUGGUUGCCUUUUUGCUUUGCGCGACCCCGUAAAGCAUUCGUCUCCCCGCGUGUACGCGAUUCCCACCCUGGCUGGCCCACGUCUCGUGAGGCAGGGCAUGUGGAGUGGCUGGAGCUUGCGUGUCGGCCAGCGAGCCCUUCGUGUGAAGCCUUGUAGCAAGCAGUGUCCCGUGAUUGUCAGCCACUUUUACUUCACUUCCAUGAUCACCUCCCGAGUCCUAUGCAUGGCUAGUUCUAAAUACGGCAAUAAUCAAACCCCUAUGUGCAGUAACGGGGAAUGCUACAUGUGGUGGCGGAACUGGUUACUUUGUAGCCAGAGUUCAAUGUGCGACAGCUGCUGGAGCGUUGAAAGGAACUUGCUGCAAAAUGGCUUUCUCGCAAACUGCUCUCAAUGACCCAAGUGCACUUGUGUCUCCUUGUCUGCGUGCGUGUGGGGGGGGACCCAAAUGGUGUGGCAUGCGGUUUUACAGCCACACUUGGCUCACACUAACCUCUGCCCACAUUGCCCAUCAGCCACUCGGGGCACGACCUUUGCCUAUUUAUCUCUCUGCAAAGUGACACGGCCGCCCUCGUUCCUAAAUGUGGCUUGCCAGAGGCAUACUCUUGUGUGUUUGGGUCCGGGAUCCUGCCAUGGUGCAAUGGUUAGCACACUGAACUUGCAAUCCAGAGGGUCGUGGAUUUGUUUUAAUCUCCUGGCACGAAAUAUUUCUUAAAUUCCCCCCCCCACCAACGCCUCUGUCCGCCCGACAGUACAAAUGGGUUCACUGCGGUUCGUCUGACCACCGUGGAGAAGUAGGCCAAGUACCCUCGAGAGGAGACCCUUGCACGCGGUGGCGUGAGCCAGCAGUAUCAUAGCUGCUCUUUCGUUUGUCCCAAGCACUUGGGACAAAAGGUCAUUUCUACCGUGACCCACAUUCAUUCACCAGUGAACCGCGUGCACCCGCGCUGCCAACUUUGUGGGCCUCAUUGUGAGAAAAACAAGCUGUGCACCGGGCACCAAGGGUUCGUUUUACAAACCAAACCUGUGCCUGCUAAUUUGCGGUUUUAAUCCUCCCCACCACACAUAGCCCAAAUCCCACCUGUACCCCCGCCCCUUCAUUCAUAUGAGAGCCUCGUGUCACAGUGCCUUGUUCAAUACAAUUUGCCUUGAAGCGGUGGGGUGCGGGGAGUGUGGUGGCAGGGUUUGGGUGUGACACACAAGGUAAAGAUGUUUACUCGUCUCGGUUUCAAUUCUAAGUAAAUAAAUAAAAUACCAAAUUAA